UAACCAAACUAAGCUAAAGGAGGAGAGAAAAGGCUCUUCAGACGAAAGGUGAGUUUAAGUAUAAGUAAUGGCGUCGAGUGAUAAGGCUCCGGUGGCGUGUCCGGCUAGCACCGGAGACGGGAAAGAGCCCAUGGGAGAUCCAACCAAGACGACCACCGCGAUGCUAGACAAAGGAACGGCUAUGAUGCAAUCGAUGAAACCGAUCAGGCAAAUGAGUCUCCACGUGUGUUCAUUCGCUUGCUAUAGCCACGACCCUGGCCGUCAGGUUGAAGUACAUAUCUACGGCCACCGUGUAAACCAGGACUUUCUACAGUGUGCUGUCUAUGAUUCCAAUUCCUCUAAGGCUCAUCUCAUCGGGAUCGAAUAUAUAGUGUCAGAGAAGUUAUUCGAAAGUCUCUCACCGAAGGAACAGAAGCUAUGGCACUCGCAUGACUACGAGAUCCAAAUGGGACUUCUCGUAACUCCAAGGGUCCCGGAGCUAGUUGCUAAGCCGGAGCUUAAAAAUCUUGCCAAAUCUUACGGAAAAUUUUGGUGUACAUGGCAGAUCGACCGAGGGGAUAGAUUACCACUAGGAGUACCAUCACUAAUGGUGUCGCCACAAGAUGUGAAUCUUGGGAGAAUCAAACCGGAGCUGGUGAAAAAGAGAGAUGAAGAACAUGGAAUCUCGACGGAAUCGUUGAAGCCGUCGAGAGAUGGGAUCGCUGGACCGGAGAAGAAGAAUCUGGUUGCUGAUUACUGGGUUCGGUUCAGGAAAGGCUUUGCGCUUGAUGUCGUUGAGACAGAUAUGAAGAGAACAGCUCCCUUCCCCUGACCUUAUUUUAUACGUGGAACGAAAUCUUUAUAUUUUUCUAUAUAUAUAGACGUACAAUCCCAAAUAAGACUACAAGAUACUGGUUGUAGACUUGUAGCGUGGUUUUUGCGAGUGUAACAUGCCAUAAUAGCCUAUUAGACUUGGUGUAGUCAUAUGUCUCUUAAUCAACAUCAGUUUAGUGGAAACACAUGUUAUAGCU